UGCCGCGGGAUGCCCGGCACGGCUCGGCGCGGCUCGGCUCGGCCAGCAUGAAGAAGCACCAGCCGCACUCGGUGCAGGGCACCUUCAGCCGCCUCUUCGGCAAGCGCCACUCCAGCCCCAGCGCCGCGUCCCUGUUCGCCACCAACCCGCCCUGGAUCUUCACGCAGGAGGUGACCUCGGACAGCGCGGGUGGCACCGGUGAUGUGAUCGAGGUCUAUUACGGCGACAAUCGCUUCGGGACGGUGACAGACUCGGGCACAGCCACGCUCAAACCGCGCCCGAGGGUCCGGCCCCUGCUCACCUUCCUGCCCCUGAACGCCCAGGAAUCCCACGGGGUGGCUGUGCCAACGCCGUCGGUGCCAGAAGACUUUGUGGAAAAGGCAGCUCUUGGCUCUGGCUCCCAGCUCAAUGGCAAUAUUCGCAUGUACAGCUCCGUGGGGGACCUGCGCCCGCAGGCCCUCGAUGGGCACGACCUGGAUGAAGACAUCCCCCCGCCGCCAUCGGUGCCCCCGCCGCCCCCUCCCGCGCCCGUGUCACCCCCCGUGGCCUCGCCGGUCCCUCCACCCCCCGAGAUGCUGCCCCCGCCGCCGCCAGUGCCACCCGAGCCGGUGCCACCGCCUCCCGCCAUGGCAGCGCCGCCGCCACCCGCCUCUGCCCUGUCCUCGCCCAGCACCCCAGCUCCUCCUGACUUCAUCCCGCCGGCCCCGCCGGGCGCCCGGGACCCCUUCGGCCCCGGCCUGUCCAAGUGGAAAUCCGAGACCGUGCUGAACUCAAGGCAGGGGGACACUGAGGGGCCGCUCUGCGCCGCCGAGCCCGGGGUGCCUGCAGCCCCCAGCCCCAAGGAGAGCCUGCUGCAGCCCAAGGCCGAGCCCCACCUGACCUUCCCCAGGUCGUUCAAGGUGCCGCCGCCGGCCCCGGCGCGGUCCUCGUCCAUCCCGGUGCAGGAGGGCCGGCAGGAGCCCGUGCCAAGGCAGCCUCACGCCCGGCCGCCCCUGCCACCCUGCUUCACCAUCAGAGCUGCCAGCAAGGCACGGCCGGGAGAGGCCGAGCAGAGGAGCUCCGGGCUCAGACAGGGCCUAGGGAAGGCGGCUGUGCCCCCUCCACUGAGCCCCAAGCCGGGCACAGGGCUCAGCCAAGGCGUGAAUCCCACCGGGCGCUGGUCCCCUCUGCCAGGCUCCGAGGGGGAGAGGAUUCCCCAGCUGAAAACAGCCGGGAGAGACUCCCCUCCAAAAUCUGAACCUCUCACUGCCAACGACCUGGAUCUGCCUCCUCCGGACUACCCGAGCUGCGAGGAUGACUGGAAGGACGCCAGCAACCUGAACAAGCUGCGGGACGAGCUCUCAGCGCUGCUGCGCUCCCCACGCCGCGAGGAGAGGCCGCUGGAGAGGCCAGGAGCUCCCCAGCCCAUGGACAGCGGUCACAGCCGUGCUGGCAGCCGUGAGCCAGGGCUCAGUGAGCCCCAGAUCACCAGGAAGGACACAGGGUUAUCCAAGGGAGGGGACAGUGAGAAGAAAGAGGCACCCAGCAGCCCCCCCAGCACCAGUGGGGUCCCCAGCACUGCAGUCACCGCCCCGGAGGGCAGCCCUGACACACAGCCCCGCAGUGUGAUGACGAUCAGGAACGAGCUGGAGGCUGUGCUGUCCCUGAAGAAAGAGGGGAAACCUGUCCCAGGGCUCAGCAGCCAGAAGCAGGCUGUGGAGAAUGGCAUCAGCACCCCACAGGUGAGGAAGAGCCCCCCUGAUGUAAGGAAGAGCCCCCCUGACACGAGGGACUCCGUGGGGCCAAAGCCGGUCCCCAGCCCGCUCCCAGCCCCGGCGGCUGCUGUGGAGAAGGAUGAGACAGCCCACGAGGACCAUCCUGCUCCUGCUGCUGGCAAGGUCACAGAGGACGUGAGCCCUGCUCCUGGGUCCCUCAGCAGCAGCGUGAGUCCCCCAGAGCCACCCCAGGGACCGGCAGAGGAGCCCCCAGCUCCCAGCCCGCCCCCAGCCCCUGUGUCCCCUGCACAGAGCCCAGCACCACAGCCCAGCUCCGCUGUCUUCCAGUACAAAGUGCACCGGGCUGGGGCCAGCUCGGCCCAGCCGCCCCAUGCCCUGGGCUCUGCUGAGCCUCCCUGCCCCGGGAGCUCGGGCAGGAGCCCCCCGGGCCCCUCGGGAGCGGGGCAGGAGGAGGUGCUGAUGCCCCCGGGCCCCUCGGGAGCGGGGCAGGAGGAGGUGCUGAUGCCCCCGGGCCCCUCGGGAGCGGGGCAGGAGGAGGUGCUGAUGCCCCCGGGCCCCUCGGGAGCGGGGCAGGAGGAGGUGCUGAUCCACCCGGUGACGGGGGAGCGCGUGGAGCGGGGCUCGCCCAUGGCCCUGCUGCUGGCGGCCCGGCAGCGCGCCCAGCGGGGCCGCCAGCCCGGGGACGGGGCAGCCUCGCACAGGGUGAAGCCGGCCCUGAGACUCGGCAGUGCCUCGUCAGACACCACCUCCUCCACCAGCUUCUUCCGCCACGAGUCCAAGCCCUUCUCCUUCACCGUGGUGCCUCGGCCGUCUGCGGCCAGCCCAGCGGGGUCUGGCUGGAGCAAGCCCCCCUCCUUCUCCAGCUCCUCGGAGCAGGGCCGGGCCGUGCGGGAGGCGCAGCCCCCCGGGCCCCGGCGAGCGGCCGCCUCCAGCCUGCUCCGGGGCCUGCUGGACUCGGGGCAGCCCGGCCAGCCCGGCCCGGCCCAGCACGGAGCGCCCGGCGAGGAGGAGAACGGGGACACGGCGCUGGACUUUGGCAUUAUCCCGCCGCCCCCCGAAUUCAGCAACGAGGCCAACGAGGCUCUGCUCCCGAGCCGAGAGGAGAACCGCAAGUGCCCCAGUGUCCCUGACAGCAGCCGGGGCUCGGGAGAGCCGCGCUAUUUCAGGUGGGCUGGCUACAGCCGCAGCUACGGGGGCAACAACCAGGAGCCAGCGGCUCUGCCACCCUUGGAGAAGAGCUGGAGGAACGGAGACCUCACACCACAGUACCCGGAUCACAGCAGCUCCUCGAGCUUCCCCAGCCACGGCCCCAACCCACGGCCGCUGAUCAAGAAGCGCCUGUACAUGUCGGAGCCCGACAGCUCCUACCCCCGGGCGGCCGCAGCCCCCCGGGCCUCGGGCACCCUGUCCUCCACGCUCUCCUCCUAUGGCCCCGGGGGGUUCAGCUCCACGCCCGGGGAGGGGGCUCGCCGCCCGGGCCCCGGCCACAGGAACGGCCCCUCGAGCGCCCAGGGCAGGCGGGCGUCGGCGGACGCUGCAGGGAAAGCCAUGGUCUACGGCGGCACCGGGGCUGAGGCCAAGUACAAGGGGCAGAACGGGGACUUCUCGCCCGCCAGCGUGCUGACAGCCAGCAGGCCUGCCCACAGCACUCCGCACUAUGGGGGACCCUCCAACACCUUCACUGUCCGGCCUGGCACCCGCCAGCCCAUCUCCUACGCCUACCAGAGCCACCGGUAGGCCGAGCUUGGGGCUGCCCCACUGGUGGCUGGCUGGGAGGGGACAAGAAAGGUGCCUGGGUUGGUCCUUUCCUUCUCUACGGGCGCCAGGGAUGGUCCCAACCCAGCCUGGAAAUGCACUUGCUUGGAACUGCUGAUGGGGAAUGAGCCCGAGACUGGACUUUUCUCAAAGACUGCCAUGGAGAGUCGUUACUGCGGAGGGCAGGCUGCUGCCGUGUUACGUGAGCAAUCGUGGUUUCCCUCUUUCCUGUUCUCCCUCCGGUUAUUUUCAGAAUUGCAGCCCGAGAGGCUGUCUAGGAAAGCCAAAGAGCAUCCUCAGCUCUCUUUAGAGUGCAUCACCACUGGGAAGGUUGAUUUCAGUUUGGUUUUUAAUUGGUUUAACUCCAGCAUGUUUGGGAGCAGGGAGAAACAAACUGAGAUGUGCACAAUGGAAGCAAAGCAGUGUGUAGCUAGAUGUCAGGGAUUGAAAUAAGAAUGUAGGGCCAGUGGGAUAGGAGGAGAGUUUAGGAUGCCUUGGUCCUGACCCUUGCUGUCCUUAAGAGUUUGGAGCAAAUCAGUUCUGCCUUAAGCCCAGCUCUGAGCAGUCAGUGCCUGUCCUGCCGAGCAGGGCUCUGGCCCCUUCUCCAGGAGCAGCUUUGGGAGCAGGGGCCCUGCUUUGCUGUGCCUUUUGGUCACUGUAAAUGUUUCUGUUGGCAAUUAUUCCUCGUGGAAGGAGGCUGUGAGGCCUGCCUGGAAGGCUGUGAAGCACUUUGGAGGUGUAGGACACGGAGCAAUCCUUUUCCUUGGGCUGGUGGGUGCCAGCGACUCACCCAGUGCUGUGCUGCUGGUGCUCUCCCUGAGGACUCCCUUGCCAUUCACAGCCCUGUGCCCCACAAA